AUGGCAAAAUUCUCUUCAAUUGCAGAAAAUCUCCCCGAUGAGUCGAUGCGAGAGAUGAACUUUCUCGACCCUUCCUUUCUCAAAGAGCCUGGCAAAAGCCUUCCGACACCAGCACAAGUAAGGGCUUUGCCCAAAGACAUCCACGCGAACCCACAACCGCAGCCUGUGAUCUUUGAAGAGUCCAAAGUCUUCGUCAAGUUUGGUCCUUAUGUCACGAUCGCAGAAGCGCAGUCCCUGUGGAUAGAAAAUGUCCUCGAGGUGAACUGGGUCAUGGGUGGUAGCCUCCAGGACGAUACUCUUCGACAGGCUCGACAACAUUGUGAAUGCGCUUGA